AUGCUGGCAGAUGAUCCUCUUGUCAACGCGCACUUCGGGCAUUUUAUGCCGUCCCAGGAAGAGAUUGAGCUGACGGCGCAGCUUCUGAGCGCCGAUCCUGAGCUCGCUGGUGCCAAGGAUUUCAUCGUGAUCCAUGGAGAUGAGCUUGCAACGCUGCGGCGUUUCUGCUGGCAGGCAAAGCAGCUUGGCGUGUCGGGGCAGCUCUGUGCCGAAGAGGCCUUGAAGCUUCUGCGGCAGUGUGCAGAGAAGCGUCUUAAGUUGGGCUUGGACGCAAUCUUGGACAGACCAAGUUUUCCGGACGAGCUAUGGUCAUCCUUCAUAGAGACUGUUCCCCAGACGUACCAUGGAUUGGGCCUGAGGGGGCAGCCGGUGGUUCUGAUUCGCGCUGGUGGCACAGAUCCUUCUGCAAUGGGUGAGCUGUUAAAUGCCGGCGCUCUGCAUUCUGUAGAUGAUGUGAACGCUGCGGUUCUUUGCUUCCUCCGAUGUGAGGAGUGCCUUUUUCGUCACACCGUGCCACGAGCAAGUGCAGAAGUGGGGCACCUCGUGGACCGGGUCAUUCUGAUAGUUGACCUUUGGGGAGUUGGACGUGGUCAUUUUCGAUUUGCGACCGAAUUCCUUUCAGUGGCCGUGAAGCAGACUGUGAUCCUUUAUCCUGAAACCUUGGACCACGUCCUGGUGGUGAAUGCAGCCUGGUCGUUUGCUACCCUUCUGUGGCCAAUUCUCAAAAGGCUGCUGCAUCCGGUUUCCCAGCGCAAAGUUGUGAUUGCGGAUGCCAGUCGCACCCGCGAGAAGCUUCUGGAGCACUUGGGUGUGGAAUGCUUGCCGUCUCACCUUGGCGGCGAGAACCAAGGGAUUCACAUGGGCUGCAUGCUCCGUCCACACGUACCAGAGGUUGUUGACUCUGCGACUUGCAGACAAACCAAAGACGUUUGA